CCUUCCUCGGUCUCCCCUUUCAGUUCAGAUGUGCUGAUGUGCAGACCGGAUUCAUCUUCCCGGAGCGGCGGCAGUGGCGGCGGCAGGCGCAGGCGGCAGCGGCUCGCACUCGGCUGCCGGGUCCUGGCUUUGGCGGGGGCGCAGCACGGGAGCCGGAGCUCCGGUGGCAGCUGAACCCGUGGGGCGCCGCUUGCCCAGCCGCAGCCGUGGGAAGUUCGGCCGCCAGAAGGACUACCUGGCAGGCUGCGAGCGCCCGCUCCGCAAGAACCGAGUUUGCCCGCAGCUGCCCCUCCCUGCCUCCGGGAGCGGAGCUUCUUACCUGCCCUCCGCCCACCCGCGGGCCCCUCGCCAACUUCUCUCUGCAACUGGGGGUAACAGGCAGUUCUUGCCCUCUCUACUGUCCCAACGGCACCCGCAUGUCUCCGGACACCUGAACACCCUGGUCCCGCCGAGAAGCCUCCCGGUGGGAGAGAGGCACUGGUCCCCCUCGCCCCGCGCAUCAACGCAUACCGCGGACGCUUCACCUCCCAGUCCAGUCCCCUCCUUUUCCUCCAGGGGAGGAGGAUGGGGUUGGAAACGCUUUCCCUGAGGAUGCUCGUGUGGCUGGUGGCCUUGUGGAUUGUCUUCCACGGGGAGCUGUGGGUUUGCACUGGCCUCGAUUAUGAUUACACUUUUGAUGGGAAUGAAGAGGAUAAAGCAGAGACGAUAGAUUACAAGGACCCGUGUAAAGCUGCUGUGUUUUGGGGUGAUAUUGCCUUAGAUGAUGAAGACUUAAAUAUCUUUCACAUUGAUAGGACAAUUGACCUUACACAGAACCCCUUUGGAAAACUUGGACAUACCACAGGUGGAUAUGGAGACCAUGGUAUGUCAAAAAAACGAGGGGCCCUCUACCAGCUCAUAGACAGGAUAAGAAGAAUUGGCUCUGGUAUAUCAAUGUUUAAAGUUGCAGACGCUUGACUUGAUGCUUGGAGCAAAACAACACAGCUAAGGAAAAAGUACCUCUCAAAUUCUCAGGGCAAAAUGAGAAAAACCGAGUUCCUAGAGCUGCUACAUCAAGAACAGACAGAAUAUGGCCUGGAGGCGUUAUUCCAUAUGUUAUAGGAGGCAACUUCACUGGCAGCCAGCGAGCCAUGUUCAAGCAGGCCAUGCGGCACUGGGAAAAACACACAUGUGUGACUUUCAUUGAAAGAAGUGAUGAAGAGAGUUACAUUGUAUUCACGUACAGGCCCUGUGGGUGCUGCUCUUACGUAGGUCGGCGGGGAAAUGGACCUCAGGCGAUCUCUAUUGGCAAGAACUGUGAUAAAUUUGGAAUUGUAGUUCAUGAGUUGGGGCAUGUGAUAGGCUUUUGGCAUGAACACACACGACCAGAUAGAGAUAACCAUGUAACCAUCAUAAGAGAAAACAUCCAGCCAGGUCAAGAGUACAAUUUUCUGAAGAUGGAGCCUGGAGAAGUGAACUCACUGGGAGAAGGAUAUGAUUUUGACAGUAUCAUGCACUAUGCCAGGAACACCUUCUCAAGGGGGAUGUUCCUGGAUACCAUUCUCCCCUCUCGGGACGAUAAUGGCAUACGUCCGGCUAUUGGUCAGCGAACCCGUUUAAGCAAAGGAGAUAUUGCACAGGCAAGAAAGCUCUAUAGAUGUCCAGCAUGUGGAGAAACCUUACAAGAAUCCAAUGGCAACCUUUCCUCUCCAGGAUUUCCAAAUGGCUACCCUUCUUAUACACACUGCAUCUGGAGAGUUUCUGUGACCCCAGGGGAGAAGAUUGUUCUAAAUUUCACCACGAUGGACUUAUACAAAAGUAGUUUGUGCUGGUAUGACUACAUUGAAGUAAGAGAUGGGUACUGGAGGAAAUCCGCUCUCCUUGGUAGAUUCUGUGGGGACAAACUGCCUGAAGUUCUUACCUCUACAGACAGCAGAAUGUGGAUUGAAUUUCGCAGCAGCAGUAAUUGGGUAGGAAAAGGCUUCGCAGCUCUCUACGAAGCUAUCUGUGGAGGUGAGAUACGUAAAAAUGAAGGACAGAUUCAGUCUCCUAAUUACCCCGAUGACUACAGACCGAUGAAAGAAUGUGUGUGGAAAAUAACAGUGUCAGAAGGCUACUAUGUAGGAUUGACCUUUCAGGCCUUUGAGAUUGAAAGACAUGACAACUGCGCCUAUGACUACUUGGAAGUUCGAGAUGGAGCCAAUGAAAAUAGCCCGUUGAUUGGGCGUUUCUGCGGUUAUGAUAAACCUGAAGAUAUCAGGUCCACCUCCCAUACCUUGUGGAUGAAGUUUGUUUCUGAUGGAACUGUGAACAAAGCAGGGUUUGCUGCCAAUUUUUUUAAAGAGGAAGACGAGUGCGCCAAACCUGACCGUGGAGGAUGCGAGCAGCGAUGUCUGAACACGCUGGGCAGUUACCAGUGUGCGUGUGAGCCUGGCUAUGAACUGGGACCUGACAAAAGGAGCUGUGAAGCGGCUUGUGGAGGACUUCUUACCAAACUUAAUGGCACCAUCACCACCCCAGGCUGGCCCAAGGAGUACCCUCCUAAUAAAAACUGUGUGUGGCAAGUGGUGGCACCAACCCAGUACAGAAUUUCUAUGAAGUUUGAGUUUUUUGAAUUGGAGGGCAAUGAAGUUUGCAAAUAUGAUUAUGUGGAGAUCUGGAGUGGUCUUUCCUCUGAGUCGAAAUUGCAUGGCAGAUUUUGUGGUGCUGAAGUGCCUGAAGUGAUCACAUCCCAGUUCAACAAUAUGAGAAUUGAAUUCAAAUCUGACAAUACCGUAUCCAAGAAGGGCUUCAAAGCACAUUUCUUUUCAGACAAGGACGAAUGCUCUAAGGAUAAUGGCGGAUGUCAACACGAAUGUGUGAACACAAUGGGAAGUUACAUGUGUCAGUGCCGCAAUGGAUUUGUGCUGCAUGAAAAUAAACACGACUGUAAGGAAGCUGAGUGUGAACAGAAGAUCCACAGUCCAAGUGGCUUCAUCACCAGUCCCAACUGGCCCGACAAGUACCCAAGCAGGAAAGAAUGCACAUGGGAGAUCAGUGCCACUCCUGGCCAUCGAGUCAAAUUAGCCUUUAGUGAGUUUGAGAUUGAGCAGCAUCAAGAAUGUGCUUAUGAUCACUUGGAAGUAUUUGAUGGAGAAACGGAAAAAUCACCAAUUCUUGGGCGACUAUGUGGCAACAAGAUCCCAGAGCCCCUAGUGGCUACUGGAAAUAGAAUGUUCAUUCGGUUUGUUUCUGAUGCAUCUGUUCAAAGAAAAGGCUUUCAAGCUACACAUUCUACAGAGUGUGGUGGCCGACUGAAAGCAGAAUCAAAACCCAGAGACUUGUACUCGCAUGCUCAGUUUGGUGAUAACAACUACCCAGGACAGAUUGAUUGUGAAUGGCUGUUAGUGUCAGAACGAGGCUCUCGACUCGAGUUAGCCUUCCCGAUUUUUGAAGUGGAAGAAGAAGCUGACUGUGGCUAUGACUAUGUUGAGCUCUUUGGCGGUCUUGAUUCCACAGCAGUGGGGCUUGGUCGAUUCUGUGGAUCAGGGCCACCAGAAGAGAUCUAUUCAAUUGGGGAUACAGUUUUAAUUCACUUCCACACUGAUGACACAAUCAACAAGAAAGGAUUUCAUAUAAGAUACAAAAGUAUUAGAUAUCAAGAUACCACACAUACCAAAUAAUAACACCAUAACCUCCUUCAGAACCUAAAGGAAUGUGUGUGAUGGAGAGAAGACAUAUUUUUUUUAAUGAAGAUAUUAGCACAAAGGUUUUAUAAAAUGAGUUUGAGCAGAAGAAAACUGUAAGACCUGAAUUAUGUCUGGACUAAAAGAGAAGUUUCCAGCUAACCCUGAUCAGCAUUAUAAAGAUAUGUGAACUUCAAGCUUGACAGGAUAAAAAAAAGCUGGUGAAAAGGCAUCACUUGCUUCAAGGAAGGCUCCACAAACUUUUGUUCACAGCUUGACACAGAUGACUCAAUUCAGACAGCUCAGUUCAGGGUCUGUGACCCUGCAGAGUGUUUUUUGACAAUUUUGCAAGAUUUGGGAGAAAUUAGAACAUGAUCUUGCAGGUCAUAAACUGGAAAACCCUCUCUUUGUAUCUUAGGAUGAUUGCUUUGGCUUUUUAUCUUGGACACAGUGUAAACCAGAUCCAUAUAAGAUGUUGUCAAACAGGAGUCUUUUAAGGGUGAUUUGUACUUUAAAUGUGGGUGUGUCCAAUGCUUGGAAACUGGAAUAUUUCAGCUUCAUUAUUUUCCCUUGCAGGCCAGAUUAACCUCUUUGAAACCCAAAUCAUCUUGAGACCACUUUAUUUUACUGAUAUUUUGACAAGUUUGAAAUGUCAAUAAUUUCUAUUAUUGCAGUUCAGCUCUAGACAACAUUUAUUGAAGUGCUGGAAAAUGCCCAGUCGAUUGGUAAACUCAGUUCUUUCGGUGAAAGUGCUGCCUUUUCACACCAAAUCCAAGAAGUCUUAUGAUGUCUUAUGAACUUUAUGAGAAAGCUCCCAACAGGUGUGAACAGGAUUCUUCUAAGGAACUGCCUGGAUGGUUCAUACUCAAGUUACCACUGCUGCUAAUGUCUUUCUUUUGUUGUUGAUCUAUUGUAGUAGUUAUUAUUGUCGACGUUGACAUGGUUAAUGUUGUAUUUAAAAAAAAAUGAAAUGGAGCGGAAGUAGGUCUUGUAAGAAUGGAAAGAUGUUUUUUUUCUCUCCUCCUGGGAUUCACUUAAAAAAAAUGCAAUGUUGGAAAAAGGAUUUGUUUCUGAAAGACUUUAUAUGGUGCUAUUCCAUAAACACUUUUUUUUUAAACACAGUUUUUGACCUUUGAGCCAACCACCCGUAGACUACGAAUGUUUCCCUCUGUCUGGCUGGUGGCAUUUGAAGACUAAAGACUUGUUAAAUGUAUCAAGAGUCUAUCAUUGCGAGGGCAGCAUUUGUCCUGUGGAACACUACUUAUAAUGCCUUAGAAUUCUUGCACAUGAUCAAACAGAUCCUCCUAGGAACACAUCUUUUGAAAUAUUAAAUAUAAUAGUGGAUGUUAAGUAGCAACUCUAUGAGGAAAAUCUAUUUCCGUGACACAACAUCAUUGGGUAUAAAUAUGCUGAACUGCUUUUGUUGUAGAAAAUGAAUUUUCUGCUUUACAGCCAUGUGUGUUUUUAAUAUUAAUAUAUGUAUAUGUGAGAUUGUCUGAGUGAGUGAAGCUAUAAAAAGAUGAAAAGUAGUGGGUGGUUGAAAAGUUAAAAUGUAUGUGCCAAGUUCUACUAGAAUCCUGUUUGACGUAGCACCGUGCUUACGAGGUUUCAUGGACAAAUAAUGGGAACUUUUAAUUAUUAUUGACCCACCCAUUAAUAAAAGGCUCUUUCUUUUAGAGAAACUCUAUUUUGAUAUUUUUUGAUGUUGUAGAUUGCUAUGCAGUAGCUUUGUUUCUGUUACCUGUCCAUGAACAAUUAACAUUUAAUAAAAUUGAGUAUUUUUCUUCAUUUUCACAAAAGAAAUAUACACACAGAUGUAGCUUGUUUUUUGUCAUUGUUGCCCUGAAGAAUCUUUUCUUGCAUAUGAAUUAUGUAAAUACAUUUUUAAAACCAAUCUUUUGAUUUUAUUGAAUGUUACUUUGGAAAUGUAUAACUAUUGCCUGCAAUAUAAUGAGCUUUGUGGUGGAGCUGAUUUAUUCCAGUAACUUCUUCUGUAUUUUGUUCACUAACCUCCAAUUAGCCAGAAUUUAUUAGGAAUAGGAGAGAGAAGAAGAAAAAACCAUUGACACCUAGUGUAUUAGCCUGUCACUAUGCUACCCCUAGAAAACUGGUGAUGCUCUCAUUGUGUAGUUAAGGAAUUAAAGCUCAGAGAAGGUUGUGACAUUCCCAGGAUCUCAGUGUAAACUUAGAUGUUGAAACUCAGCUUGUCUGAGGAUAUAAAAAUCUGUGCUUGGUCUACAAAAUGUUGUAGAAUCAACCUUGACAUAUAUAAAUAGAUUUUUUUUAUGAUGAAACUUUUCCACAUAAAGUCAGUUUUAGGGGUGAAUUACAGUAAAACUUUCAGGACAAAUAUAUUGUUCGUUUCAGAAACAGCAUGACAAUUCGAGUAUCCACUGUAGAUAGCUUUAAAGACCACAGAUAGUACUAGAAAUUAAGAAAACCCCAAAAAACUAUAGUCUGGAGUUAGUAACCAUGGACCUUUUGUUUAAAUAAAUACAUUAAAUUAUUUUAUCUGCUGUGGUAGGGGAUAUAUAGUGUUCUACUUUAAGGAGUAUUCUGGAUAUUUCAUUUGACAUGAGGAGGCCACAAUGAGCUGCUUCGACACAACCAAGACUUUAACGUAAAAAGGUAUUAAUAUUUAGAAAGCAUAUAGAGAUGUUGUCAUAACUUUAGGUCUUCAGUGUGAACGUGAAUUUUAUUGUAUCUUAUGUCAGAUAUCAGUUCACUGCAUAUUAUUUUUAUAUUAAUUCAACUUUGGCAUAAAUGUGUUGUUAAAUGCGAAUAUAGACAGCUUCAUUGUUUUGUUAAUAAUUGUUAGUUACUGUUCUAAACAUUUUAUUAAAUUAAUUUUGUAAAUUA